UAAUUCAAAGUGAAAUAAAAAUCUUUUCUCAAAAGGAAAGUCCCUAGUAUGCCGAGUCAGUUUCUUUGCACAAGUCCUUUCUAUCUCAUUCCCUCCUCCGCAGAGGCCAAGAACAAAUUGAUCAUGCCAAACCACAUGCCACCUUCAACUCCCGUCCUCCCCCAAGAAUUGAUCCGUGCGCCUCCAGUCCUCCACUAUUGCAUGUACUCCAGACAUCUGCAAUGCCGAUAAUGCGGAGAGAGACAGCGAAGAAAGAAGCAAAGAAACAGCCCUGUGAUUGGUCGAUGUCACAUCCGAGGAACAUCCUCAGCCAGUACGAGGGGAAUUUACCAAGACUGUUUCGUGGUCUGCGUACUCUAUCGGCCAGCGUCAUGCUGACUUCUUGCACAAAGAUUUCCUUGUGUUCCUGGGUGGAGGAUGCAUGCCACACUCACUCACCCCAGGCUGGCCAGGGCAUGAAUGUUAGUUUGACUGUUAUUUCUCGCAGCUCUUCUCCUCAGGUGGGAAGGCUUCUCCUGAAGAGUUUCAACACGAUGUUGAGCUUGAUCAGAUUCCUGCAGCCUUCUAUCCCGUCACCGGCAAGAACCAGAUCAAAGGUUUGUUCUGAGUUACGGAAUUUAUGGGUAGAAAGUAUCCUAGACCUUCACAGAGCCACAACAUGGGUCACGGUCAUUUGUACAAACACCUUGGUGUCGACCCUCGGAACGGUGUUAUUGCUCUUUCCCCCUUGGAUGUUUCUACCGUGGGCUUUAUGAUCCCUCAGGAAACCUCUGGUUCGUUAUCUGGAAGCAAAGUGUAAAUUCAAUUCAACCUUUAUUAUUAUGGGACAUGAAAUUAAGAACUCUGGGGAUAGUAUUGAGAUA